GGACUUCGCUGAGAGCCUGAGAGCCCCUUAAUUAUACAACGAGAGUUCUCUUGUUCGCUUCCCACUCCGCCGCGACGGUAUAGAGUAUAGACGCACCCGUCUCCCCCACUCUGGUCUCGCAACAACAGCAAUCAGAGAGCCAUGUCUAGUAGUAAAGCUGAAGAACCUGUAAAUGAGCAAGCAGUUGCAAAUAAGUUUGCUGCCAUGAGGUCUGAACUCAACCAAAUUUACUCUAAAAUCACUGAGCUAGAGAUGGACGUGAGUGAGCACUCAUUGGUGAUCAAUGCCAUCCAGCCUCUUGAUCCAUCCAGGCGUUGCUUUCGAAUGAUUGGAGGUGUGCUGGUGGAGAGAACCAUCAAGGAGGUCCUUCCUGCUGUGCAGCGUAACAAAGAAGGGAUUGAGGAGGUUAUAACUCGACUGAAUGAGGCUUUGGAAAGGAAGAAAAAGGAAAUUACUGAGUUUGAGGCCAAGUACAAGAUUCGGAUAAGAAAGAACGAGGGUGAGGAGAAGGAUGAUGGUGCUCGCAAAGAAGGAACUGCUCAAGGUGUCUUGGUAGGCCUUGCCGGUGGAAGCGAAUGAAUGAUAAGGCUCUUCCACCACACUUGUGUUAUUUUCUCAAACUUGUUAAAUGAAGUGUGCUGUCUAGUGUACUAGGUGUGCUAGGGAUUUGGGGUUGGGUUUUUGGUCCGUCAGAUUAGUAGAAUAUUACUAGUCUUGCACUGAAUUAUGAUUUUGUUUUUGUAACCUUUAAUUAUGCGGUUCUUUCUUUAAACAAGGAUCAAGAAAAAACAAGAACAAUAUUCUCGG